GCCAUUUGUAUAUUCAACAGAUUAAUUUCAGAAAACUGACAUGGGGCGAAGACCUGCGAGGUGCUACCGCUACUGUAAGAACAAGCCCUACCCCAAGUCCCGCUUCUGUCGAGGUGUCCCUGAUCCCAAGAUCAGAAUCUACGACAUCGGACGAAAACGGGCUGGCGUGGACGAGUUCCCCUGUUGCGUGCACCUGAUUUCAAACGAGCUUGAGCAACUGUCGGGGGAAGCACUGGAAGCGGCGAGAAUCUGUGCGAACAAGUACAUGGUGAAGAACUGUGGAAAGGAUGCGUUCCACAUGCGAGUGAGAGUGCACCCAUUCCACGUAGUCAGAAUCAACAAAAUGUUGAGCUGUGCCGGGGCGGAUCGACUCCAAACCGGAAUGAGAGGUGCUUUUGGAAAACCGCAAGGUACUGUUGCUCGUGUGAGGAUUGGGCAACCGAUUCUUUCAAUGCGAGUGAAAGACAACCAGAAGCCGUCAGCGAUUGAGGCUCUGAGGCGCGCUAAGUUCAAGUUCCCUGGCCGACAGAAGAUACUGAUAUCUUCCAAGUGGGGCUUCACAAAGUGGGAGAGAGACGAGUAUCCCCAGAUGAGACAGGACGGGAUCCUGAAGGCUGACGGAUCUGGAGUGCAGUACAGUCGCAAGAUGUACAGAGCAGCACAGCACUCGAUCAAGCUGGCAGCAGCAGCCGAAAAAGCAGAGUAGACUGUUAUUGGACUGUUUACCCUUUUGUUGCCUUCUGCUUAUAUGAGAAUAAAAGUUGGUAGCUCA